AUGGCACGUAGGAACAGUGGACGUGGAUCAACAAGAACGGGAUUAAAUGCAGUUGCGAAUGCUUUAGGUAUUUCUCGAAAUGACUUAAACAGCAUGUCGGCAUCAGUUCAUGAAGUUCCGCAGACUUUUCCACCUUUAUCAAAAACACUGAUACCACUCGAGAUAUUCGAUUCAGUUCAAUAUGAAAUAGAUUUAAAAUUAGAAUUGGCGACAAGAUUUCGCGAAUCAUCAUUUUAUUUGGAAAGGAAAAAUGACAAAGUCGGGGACAUACGGCGUUAUACUGAUAAAUAUCGAAAAAUUGCUAUAGAAAAAUUCAAACCUGAUUGGUCAAGACUCCCCAGUGAACUUCGUUGGGAAAAAAAGAAUUUGUCUGAAAAACCACCAAAAAAAAGAGUGAAAAUGAUCGACGAAGGAACAAAUGAAGUAUUGGCAAAUUUGGAUAAAAUUGAUGAUUUCGAUGAAGGAAGUAGCGAUGAUGAAAGUGAAGAUGAUGCCGAUAAAGAUAGUAAAGAAGUGCGAUUAGAUAUGGAUCAAAAUUUUUGGUGGAGAAUGCUAUAUACUAGUUCUUUACUCGAAGAAAUAUUUAUUCUUUCCGAUUUCAAUAAUUUUUUUUCAACGAAAUUAGCCGAUAAUCAUUCACGUAAUUUCGAUAUUUCGAUAUUUUUGCAGAAAUAUGAUGAAAAUGAAGAGGGUAUGCCGUCAGAUGAAGAAGGUGAUGAUGAUAAUGACUAUACUUAUUCUUACUUUGAUAAUGGUGAAAGUUAUUUGUCCGAUGAUGCCAUAUAA